CUAUUGGGGGGGUCCCACAACUGGGCUGCUGUGUCACCCUCAUGCCAGUCCUUGUUUAGGGGGUCCUAUGGUUGGGUGCUGAAGAGUUCCAGUGGCAGGGCACUCCCUGAGACUUCACACCUGCCGAAGCCCAACAAGAAAUGGAAAAGUGUCUGUGACAACCUGAGCUACGAUGUCUCACAGUGCCUACGGCAAGGUCUGGGCUUUGGCCCAGGGUGCCCUAGAGGACCUCCUGCAAGAAGAGACCGCCAGCCAAGUGCCCAGGCCACAGAAGGACCAAGCAGUGAUUUUCCAGACGCUGGCCACCUUCUAUGUCAAGUACGUUCAGAUCCUGCGCAGCUUGGAGGUGGCAUAUGACCAAAUCGUCCACCCUCAGAAGCGCCGAGUGAUCCGCCAGGUAUUGGACGGGGUCAUGGGUCGCGUCCUGGAGCUGAAGAACGAGAUGGUGGACCUGGAGUUCUCCGAGUUCCACUACUAUGACGAUGUCCUUCAAGACCUCAAGUUGACCCCGGAGGACAUCGAGAUUCCAGUUCCCAAAUACUUUGUCAGUGAAAAGAUCAAAGUGCUGAAGGAGCGAGAAAAGAUCCUGGCAAAGAUCCUCACCCAGAACGGACCCCGGACCCCUGAGACGAAAAUCAUCAUGACCAAGACCAUGUCGCUGGAGGAGGCGAUCCGGGUGAUCCAGGUAUCGGAGCGGGCACGGCAGGGCUGUCUGCGUGCCAAGUUCAUGAAGGAGAUCCGGCAGGAGGAGGAGAAGGAGAGGAAGGCCAAUGUGAGAUGGGAGUCAUCCCUGGACCGGGACGAGGCAGCCACACGCAUUCAAAAGGUGUGGCUGGGUUACAGGCAGAGGAAGAAAACCAAGAAGGAGCGACUGGAUGAAUUUCUCUUCCUGGGAAUGGUCCCUCCAGCACAACACCAGGAGGUCAGUGUCACCAUUCUACAUGCUCAGGAGAUCGAGAAAGCCCGCUGUGUGGUGCAGGAGGAGCACGAGGCGCAAUACCAGCAGGCAGUGGUCAGCAUCAAGGACACCAUCCGGGAGGUCGAGGGGCCCGACAUGAAGGAGAGCCUGCAGGAGCAGAUCCGCCAGUGGUUCAUCGAGUGCCGGAAUGCGACUGGCAAGUUCCCAGAUUACCCCGAUGAGGACGACGGUGGCUCAGCUGUGAUUUUUGCAGAGAAGACUCCGGAGCAGGUAGCUGCUGAGCUGGCAGCUAAAGAAGAAGAGAAGGAGCAGAAGAAGAAGAGCAAAGGCAAGAAAUCAGGGAAGAAGAAGGACAAGAAGAAGGACAAGAAGAAGGACAAAGGCAAGGGGAAGAAGGGCAAAGGCGAGCAAGAGGAGGAAGAGGAUGGCUGGAAGAUGUCGCCCAGCAACUUUCUGCCCACCCUGGAAGACGGGCACAAAGUGUACAAAGAAGUGUGGCAUGUCAGGGAUGAGAGCGCCAACUUCAACCAACGUUUUGAUGCUGAACUCGUGAAGGAGGAGAAGAGAAGAGAAGUUGAGGAGGAGAUCCGCGUGCAGGUCGACGAGCUCAUGAGGCAGGAGCUGAAGAACCUCAAGCUGGCGGUGGACCGCGACAAAGGGAAGAAGAAGAAGAAGAAGGGCAAGAAGGGCAAAAAGAAAAAGAAAAAGGGGAAGAAGGGAGGCAAAAAGAAGAAGAAAGAAAAAGACCUGACGGCGGACAGGACCAUCGAGUCGCUAUUUGAGGAGCUCGUCCGUGAGGGUCUCUUAGUGCGCCCCCCAGCUGUGAGGCUGUCCGACUUCAUCGGUGAAUACAGUUACCUGGGCACCACGCUCCGCCAAGCCGACGUCGAGCCCAUGCCCUCCCUGUCCGACGUCAGGCAGCUGAUGGCGCUGCACGGAGUGCUGCCGCUGGGCUCCCAGGCGGUCCAUGAGAAAGCCCCCCUUCUGAAAACACUGCUGCUAACCGGCCCCAGUGGAGUGGGCAAGAAGAUGCUGGUGCAUGCCCUGUGCACGGAGACGGGCGCCAACCUGUUCAACCUGUCGCCAGCGAACAUCUCAGGGAAAUACCCGGGGAAGAGCGGCCUGCAGAUGAUGCUUCACAUGGUCUUGAAGGUGGCUCGGCAGCUGCAGCCGUCAGUCGUGUGGAUUGGAGAAACGGAGAAGACCUUCUACAAAAAAGUGCCCAAAGCUGAGAAGGAGAUGGAGCCAAAACGCUUAAAGAAGGAUCUGCCCAAAAUCGUGAAGUCCCUCAAAGCCGAGGACCGCGUUCUGAUCGUUGGCACGACAAGGCGCCCGUUUGACGCUGACCUGAAGCCCUUCUGCAAGGUUUACAAGAAGAUCAUUCUGGUGCCAAGGCCCGACUACUCGUCCAGACUGGUCCUAUGGAGGCACAUCAUCCUGCGGCAUGGCGGACUCAUCACCGACCUGCUGGACUUGAGCUCCGUGUCCAAAGUGUCGGACGGUUACACGCAGACCAACAUCCUGCAGGCCGUGCAGGCCGUGCUGACCGAGCGCCGCAUUCAGCUACUUGGCAGGAAGCCCCUCAGCGCCAUUGAGUUCAUCGGACCCCUCGCCAGACAGGACCCCAUCUUCAAAGAGGAAGAGGAGGCUUUCAAGGCCUGGUAUGUCAAGACACCCCUGGGCAAAAAGAGGGCCAAAGCCGCCAAAGCCAGCGAGUUGGAGGAGGAAGAGUCAGGAAAAGGGCAAAAGAAGAAGGAGAAAGGCAAAAAAAGUGGCAAGAAAAAGAAAAAGUGAUGGCCAUUGUGCCAUCCUGGCAUCCUGCAGGGUGGGACGGACACUUCAUUCCAUGAACCCUACCUGGGCCUGUCUGUCCAGGUCAUCAAGACUUUUGGGGGGUCUGCAACGUCGAGCUUGAAAAACACAAAACUAAAAAGACGAGUGGCACCACUUUGGGGGCUCCUGGGCUCCUUGAUGGCGCUUGGCCCCCCAGUGACAGUAAACGUAUGAAAGGAAUAAAAAAAAGAAAGAAGAGGAGGAGCAGCCCAACAUGGGGGCCGGGGGGACAGAAGUGGGUGGGGCCAGACAUCACACCCUUACCAUAUAAGGAUGAAUGCCCCACCCUCCACUGCAGUGUCUUUGAAUGUCACAUGACUGGCAUCUUCUAGACAGGACAGGAGCUCCAAUCAGAAACUUUGCAGACCAGACAUGAAACCUGAGAAUCUCAGCCCACCCGCCUGUCCAUCUGAACCCAAGGCCAGGCUCAGCCAUGUGUGAAAGGACGAGGACGGGCCACAUUCCCUCACUGUAAAUAGUACUCAUGCCAGCUUGUGCCAGCUGCACCUAAAAGAAAGUGCCAUCCUACUCAAGUUUCAAAUCUUUCUGGUCCACAGCCAGUAAGACAGAAGUGGAAAUCCAAAGGUGAACAGCAAUGCAGGAGAAAUAAGAGGAAGAAGUAAAAGAUGAUGAUGAUGAAGAUUCUUCCAUUUGGCAAACCCACUCAAUCACACUGAAAGCCGGUGCCUAUCCCAACAGCAACAGGCACAGGGCACCAUUUAAGUCAUCUAUCAUAGGGCACACAGCCCAGCCCUCAUGUCCUUAGUGACACUAAAUGAUCCCCCUGAGCCCAAGUCACCGUGCCCUGUGGUAGACUGGCACACACCUCUGACUCACUCUGUACCUUAUGCCCCAGGCAUUGCAGCUGGUCACCUGGGAGGGGUCAUCGAUUGUGCCCUUGGGAGGUGUGACGAUGCACCCUCUGGUGGCUGGCUACAGCACUGCCCUGCCUGAAGGACUUUUGUCACCAUUUUUUGUCCCAUUUCAUGUUUUGCCUGGCAUGUGCAGUUCAGCCAGCCCCUCAUCUCGCCCAUGUUAGCCCCCUUCAGUUUCUCUCCUCCAGGGUUCUGUGUAGUUGCAUUUCUGGACUCCUUCACUUCUGCCCACUCCUCAGUCCUGCCCCGAAUGUACCCAACAAAUAAAAAUGCCCGGUUUUAUAUAUCUCUCUGUAU